AAAAAUAUUUCCUCUUAGAACUAUGCUGUAUAUGAAUAAUUUUGCUUCAGUAAAUCAUUUUAGAUUUGUCUGAACAUAAAAUUAAGCAGUUAUUCUUAUUGCUACUUAUUAUUUGAAGGAUUGUUUUAUUUUUAUGUUCGACUGCUAAACAUUGUAUCAAUUGUUAUCACGCUUUGUUUGUUGAGGUUAUGUUAUCAGUAGGGGGAAUAAUUUUUUUUCUUUUGUAAAGCUCUUGAUAGCAGUCUAAUGUGAAUGCAUUGAUGACAUUUUCAAUUAACAAAUGGCUCUAGUUCAGCUUGAUACAGGGAAUGAUCCCUGGUUAACAGAGCAUGAAUCUUGUGAUAAACUAUAUCGAGAAAUAGUUACACAGCUAAAUGCUAGAAAUGUAUUUCCUACAAACUCUGAAAAAUUCUCUGCUGCUUCUGCUGCUAUCAGACUUCGCUUAAAACAGUAUAAUUAUGAAGUACAAGAGCUUAGAAGAAAUUUGCUUUAUUCCAGCUCUCUCACUCAAGAAGAGAGAGAGCGGCGUCAGAGACUUGUUGAAGAUUUAGAAAGCAAAAAUAUUCAACUUUCGCAAGAUUUUCGUGUCAGCAAAGAACAAAAAGAUAGAAACCAGUUAUUGGAUACUCCUGGAGAUAGUGGAGGUGUGAGCUGGUUAGAUGAUUCGAGUCCUGAUAAACCUUUACUUGCUGAUGAUUUUGUGCCUUCGAUGGAAACUAUGCGCCAGGAGCAGAGUCAAAUUUUAGCUGGUAUAUUAAAUCUGUAUAUAACUUUUCUUAGACCAAAGUUCAUUGAAUUUUUAAAUUUUAAUUUAAUAUUAUUUUUCUCAAAAGUAAUAGAUUUUUUUUCUCAAAGGUCAUCACAGGAGGAAGGGGUCGAUCUUUUAUCCGUUAUAGAGACCAAAACAUUAUCGAGUAUAUAAAUAAUAAGCUUAAAUAGAAGAUUAUCAAUGUUUCAGAAAUUUCUGAUAUAUGUAUAUAUUUUUUUUCCUCUUCAUUUUGCCAUCUCUAAAUGGCCUCCUUCGGAUUAAAUGAGCUGAAUUUGCCUUGUGUGAGUGUUUUCUUUGCUUAACUAUACGUUGAAAGUUUGGGUAAAUUUUACUAUCACUGGGUACGUUUUAAACAUUGGUCUCCUGUUUUUUAUGGUCUCCCCUACUUACAAAACCUUCCUGAUUGAGUUGGAGGGUUGAAAAUGUAUAUGAGUUGCUUUAUAUCAAAGACGGAUAUCCAUUAUUUUCAGAAACAGGAGAAAAAGACAAUUUUUGUUCGAUAGGUUCAAGUUGAAUCAUGAAAAUAAAUCAUUAGAUUUGGUUCAGAUUGGAUCUACAUUACAAAAUUUUUUUUAACAACUUUUUAUAAAUGACAGAUGUUUAUCUUUGAUAUAAGGCCAUUCAUAUGCAUUUUCAACCUCCAACUCAAUUAGGAAGGUUUGAUGAAUGCAUUGAGUUAGUAUAAAGGGAAGUACCUUUUUGGGAAUUCAAAUUUUUAUGACCUCAUUGAUGAAAUGCCGCACAUCCUUUUUUUUUUUUUUGCAGUAAUUAGGUAUGAAAUUUUAAAAAUACUAUGUUAU